UUUUUGCAAAAUUUUUAAUGGAGGACCCAGACUCAACUUUAUUACCUUACAUUCUGGAGACGCUCAGCCGCAAGCCAGAGCUCUGUGAUACUUUCGAACAUAUCUGCAAAGAAAUCGAGGAACAGCUAAUUGCAGAUAAUAAUACAAGUUAUGGAAAUGUGCGAAAAGCAUUGCAACGUGCUCUAACUGUGGGCCAAUCUCUAGGCAUUAUUACUGUGACCAAUGAAACUAUACGUAUGCCUUUUAAUUUUCGUGAAAGCUCAGUGAAAAACACGAAAAAUGCUCCAACUGCCGCGAACCAGCAUGUUCAAAAACCAGCAUUUGGAACUAGGAGUCCGGUAGCUCAAAACACCACAGAGAGAAAUAUAGUUGCACCUUCGAAGACGCCAGUAGUAAAUAAUCGUAAGGGGCCAAAUAACUUAAAAACACAUGGAGGGUAUCCUGACUUUAUGAUUAGGCCACCAAUGCGCCCUAGAAAUAUUCGAGGACGCAGUUAUGCCCGAAAAGCUCUCGGUGCGCGAAAAUACUCACGUGGCAGAUCCAGACGAGGUCGCAAGCGUGGCCGUAGUGGUUAUAGGAGACGAGUAUCCAGAAGGCGCUAGAUUACAUUUGUCGAAAUUGCUGUUGUUAGUUUUGGUAUAAAAAUAUACGUAUGUAAAUUGAA